AUGGCAGAAAUUUUAAGUGUACUGUUAAUGUUGUUGGGAUAUAUUUUUAUUGCUGCUGUCUUCGUGUGGUUGUGCUAUAUUGUGUAUAAUAUCGUGUACCACCCAAGGCGAGCUUAUAAUAUUCUUCCAAAGCGAAUUCGAAGCUGGUCUUUGCUGCGUCGGCUUGGGGUCACGAAUAGAUCGAACACUUUCUUCGAGAUCGAAGAUCGCUUUAACAGUUUAGCCGAAAUCAGUAAUGCCAUGCGAGUUGGUGGCCUUGUAAAAGCGAACCUUAUAAUUGGCAUAGAUUUUACUGCCAGUAACGAAUGGCAGGGGAGAAAAAGUUUUAGUGGACGAUCGCUGCAUCAUAUUAACAUUGACCCCAAAUCGAACCGUAUUAGUAAAUGGAAUCCUUACCAACGAGUUAUAAGAGCAAUCGGAGAAACUUUACAAGAAUUUAAUGAAGACAAUUUGAUUCCAGUGUACGGGUUUGGGGACGACAGAACGAAAGGGCAUAGCGUUUUUCCGCUAAUAGACGAGUCGCCUUGUAAAGGGGUCGACGAAGUGUUAACUCGUUACACUAGAACAGUGGGAUCUGUUUCUCUCAGUGGACCGACUAGUUUCGCUCCUAUUAUUCGAAAAGCAAUUGAGAUAGUUCAGCAAACGGGCAAAUACCAUGUGCUCCUGAUCAUUGCGGACGGCAGAGUGGAGAAUGAACAUGAUUUGGAAACACGUUCAGCGAUUGUAGAUGCUUCAAAUUAUCCCUUGUCUAUCGUUUUAGUUGGCGUCGGAGAUGGUCCUUGGGAAGUGAUGCACGAAUAUGACGACAAACUGCCCCAGAGGCGCUUCGAUAAUUUUCAAUUUGUUGAGUUCGUUGAGAAAAAGAAUUCGAGAUUUUCGCGCGAUAUCGAGGCGGAGUUCGCAGUCCAGGCACUUAUGGAGAUCCCGGAUCAAUACCGGGCUAUCAGGUCGCUAGGCCUCCUGGGACAGAAUGGCAGCGUGGAUGUAAAUAAGAAUAAAGGGACUAGUAACGAGCGACGGAAGAAGUUUAGGGAGAAUCGUCCAGUGACGUACCCCGAGCCCACGAUGGAGAGUCGUCAUCUGAAUCACGUGGUGCGAAGAAGGAGUGUGGAGGGCGUACUUGAAACGGAUUUGUGA